AUGGGUGCCACUGAGCCAACGGUGGAGGAGAGAGAAAACAGAGGAGAGGGUGAAGAAGAAACAGAGGAGCGAAGAAGAGAAGUGAAAGGUGUGGAGGAAGGAGAAGAAGAAUCAAAGGAUAAAGAUGAACUCAAUCAUCACAGGUUUUUGUCGAGCUUGAACAGACUAAACCCAACAAACCCUCUUAGGAUCAUUUUCAAUAAUAAUGGCGGCGGCUCUAGAUUCACCACGCCGCCUCCCAAUCUCGCCCACCCACUCCGUUCUUCCUCAAGAGUCCCUCCGCCGAUGCAGCCGCCUCCCUCUCGAGCGCCGCAACCGCCAGAAGAGCCCCACCCUCCGCCGUCUCCGUCUCCCUCGCCGCCACCGCCGCCGCUCCAACCUCAAUCUCGUUCCCUCUUCACCCCAACCCCUCAAGAAACUUUAGCGUCACUGAAUUCAACAAAGUACACAAACAAGUUCUUUCUUUUGCUCUUCAUUUUCCACAAGAUUGUGGCGAUUGGGUUUGUAUGCUUCCUCGUCUUCAGAGGCGUCCAAGGUCUAAUCGGAUCCAACGGCCGCGUCAAAAGGAAAGAGCAAAAGAUCCUCAGAUUCCUACUCCCGCAAGUCGAAGCGGCGUCGUUCUUGAGCAUCAUACUCGCAUUCGCAUGGCAAAUGGCAUUCCGUCUCUGGCCUGAAUUCAUGAUCCACUUCAUACUCUGGAGCACAUUUCUCAUGUCACUAUCCUCAGGGAUUCUCUUACUCUGUUUCCAGAUGCCAGCCACGGACGCUGUUGGGGUUUGCCUCAUCGCCUUCUCCAUCGGAAAUGGUUUGUAUGCUUGCUGGGUCACUCGCAGGAUCAAGUUCUGUUCCAAGAUACUGGUCAAGUCGUUAGAGCCAGUUUCAAAGUUCUCGGAUUUGAAUCUGCCAACCUAUUACAUGCUAGCUGCUGGUUUCUUCUGGAUGUCUCUUUGGAUUUUCGGUGUCAUCGGUGCGUUGAACUUCUAUUUCCCGCCGCUGGUGAUCAUUGGUUUGGUGUUAAGUUUGGCUUGGACGACGGAAGUGAUGAGGAAUGUUGUGAAUCUAACAGUGAGUAGGGUCGUUGCUUUGUUCUAUCUUAGAGGAAUGCAGUCUAGUACUCGGUUUAGUUUCCAAAGGGCUUUGUCUCGUAACCUUGGGAGCGCUUGUUUGGGAUCUCUGUUUGUUCCAACGAUCGAAGCUUUGAGGAUCGUUGCGAGAGGAUUGAAUUUGCUUAAGGGUGAAGAUGAGUGUAUGUUUUGUUGUGCUAAUUGCUGUCUCAAACUCAUGACAUACAUUUUCGAGCAUGGUAAUGGCUGGGCGUUUGUUCAGAUAGCAGCGUAUGGGAAAGGAUUUGUGAGGGCGUCACAAGACACGUGGAAACUGUUUGAGGAUGGAGAUAUGGUUGAGAUCGUAGAUGCAGACAUAACAAGCUCCAUCUGCUUCCUCACUGGCAUCUGCAGCGGUUGCGUCUGUGUCAUUGUCGCAGCCACAUGGACUCACACAGUGUACAAACCUUUUACAGCCACCAUCUCUUUACUUGCUUUCUUCAUUGGAUACCUCAUGACGAGGAUCUCAAUGGCAUUGCCACACGCCUGCGUAAGUUGCUACUACACUUGCUAUGCGGAGAAUCCGGAUAGUAGAUUCUUUGACAAAACCAUAAAAGAUAGGCAAGCUUUGAUCAGAAAUGGCCGUGUUACUGUCCUCCCAACCCCUAGAGUCCGCCGUGCUCUAGCCUAG